ACACACAUCCUCAAGCGAUAACACCAACAACAAAACAACAAACAAAAAAAAAACAGAGAGAGAGAGAGAGCAAAUCUCCAUCAUGGACUCGUCUCAAAACGACGGCGUAUACCAACCGCUUCUCCAUCCUCAACCAUCUCCACCGGCGACGGAAUCAAGCAACGGAGAGCUAGAAACCGUCCUCUCCGACGUCGAAACUCCUCUGUUUCUCCGCCUACGUAAAGCCACAAUAAUCGAAUCAAAACUUCUCUUUAACCUCGCUGCACCAGCCGUCAUCGUCUACAUGAUUAACUACCUCAUGUCCAUGUCUACUCAAAUCUUCUCCGGCCAUCUCGGUAACCUAGAACUCGCCGCCGCUUCUCUUGGUAACACCGGUAUCCAAGUCUUCGCUUAUGGUCUCAUGCUAGGCAUGGGGAGUGCAGUGGAGACGCUAUGUGGUCAAGCAUACGGUGGUCGAAAAUACGAUAUGCUUGGAGUUUAUCUCCAAAGAUCAACCGUAUUACUAACUCUCACCGGUCUCCUCCUUACCUUAAUCUACGUUUUCUCCGAACCAAUCCUCCUCUUCCUCGGUGAAUCUCCCGCAAUCGCUUCCGCUGCAUCGCUCUUCGUAUACGGUCUUAUCCCUCAAAUCUUUGCCUACGCAGCGAACUUUCCUAUCCAAAAAUUCCUCCAAUCACAAAGCAUAGUAGCUCCAAGUGCUUAUAUCUCAACGGCUACACUCUUUGUUCACCUUCUUUUAAGUUGGCUUGCUGUUUACAAGCUUGGUAUGGGACUUCUCGGUGCGUCGCUUGUGCUUAGCUUGUCGUGGUGGAUUGUUGUUGUGGCUCAGUUUGUUUAUAUUGUUACGAGUGAGAGGUGUCGUGAGACGUGGAGAGGUUUUAGUGUUCAAGCUUUCUCGGGUUUGUGGAGUUUUUUUAAACUCUCUGCUGCCUCCGCCGUGAUGCUUUGCCUUGAGACUUGGUAUUUUCAGAUUCUCGUUCUUCUCGCCGGACUUCUCGAGAAUCCUGAACUUGCUCUCGAUUCACUCUCUAUUUGCAUGACGAUUUCAGGGUGGGUGUUCAUGAUAUCUGUUGGAUUCAAUGCAGCGAUAAGUGUAAGAGUGAGCAAUGAACUUGGAGCUGGAAACCCUAAAUCAGCAGCGUUUUCUGUAAUCAUCGUUAACAUUUAUUCGUUAAUCACUUGUGUGAUCUUAGCCAUUGUUAUUUUGGCGUGCCGCAAUUUUUUAAGCUAUGCUUUCACUGAGGGUAAAGAAGUCUCGGACGCUGUUUCUGAUCUCUGUCCGCUUCUUGCUGUAACGCUUGUCCUUAACGGAAUCCAACCUGUCCUCUCUGGUGUGGCGGUUGGCUGCGGUUGGCAAACGUUUGUGGCGAAAGUUAACGGUAUAUGGACGGGGAUGAUCGGUGGUACCGUUAUACAAACGUUUAUUUUGGCGUGGGUCACGUUUAGAACAGAUUGGACAAAAGAAGUGGAAGAAGCUUCCAAAAGGUUGGACAAAUGGAGCAACAAGAAACAAGAAGUUGUUCCUGAAUGAUGCAAGUCGAUGGAAGUUUGGUAUCCAAUGAACCGAUUAGAUUUUCAUCGGCUAACCGAUGCAAAAGCUCAUAUUAGCCUGUGAGCUGGUAAUAAAUGAUAUGGAUCUACCUUUUAAACUUAUACAGCUCGAUUUUAAGCUUUUUGUGUUCUUGUUUUAAAGAUUACAGGUAGGUUAUGUAUUUUUGUAUGCCAAAUUAAAAUAGUUAUUGCUUU